AUGGGAACCGUGCUGUCCCUAUCGCCCAGCUACCGCAAGGCGGCCCUGUUCGAGGACGGGCCAGCCACGGUGGGCCACUACACGGCAGUUCAGAACAGCAAGAACGCCAAAGACAAGGGUCUGAAACGCCACUCGCUCAUCAACGUGCUGCCGUGGAAGCGCAUCGUGGCCGUGUCAGCUAAGAAGAAGAGCUCUAAAAAGGUUCAGCCCAACGGGACCUACCAGAACAAUGUCAGCCACCUGAACAACGAGAACCUGAAGAAGUCGCAGUCCUGCGCCAACCUGUCGUCCUUCGCGCAGGACUCUGGCACGCCGAAAACUUCCGACGGGAAUUCGUCGGUGAAGAAGGCCCCGGCGGUGGCCGCCGCCCCGGGUACCCCCAAGCGGGUGAUCGUGCAGGCGUCCACCAGCGAGCUCCUGCGCUGCCUGGGCGACUUCUUGUGCCGGCGCUGCUACCGCCUGAAGCAUUUGUCGCCCACCGAGCCGGUGCUGUGGCUGCGCAGCGUGGACCGAUCCCUCCUGCUUCAGGGUUGGCAGGACCAAGGCUUCAUCACGCCCGCUAACGUAGUCUUCGUCUACAUGCUGUGCCGCGACGUGGUCUCCUCCGAGGUGGGCGGCGAGCACGAGCUGCAGGCCGUGCUGCUCACCUGCCUCUACCUGUCAUACUCCUACAUGGGCAACGAGAUCUCCUACCCGCUCAAGCCCUUCCUGGUGGAGAGCUCCAAGGAGGCCUUCUGGGACCGCUGCCUGUCCAUCAUCGACCUGAUGAGCGCCAAGAUGUUGCAGAUCAACUCUGAUCCGCACUACUUCACGCAGGUCUUCGCCGACCUCAAGAACGAGAGCCAGAAGGAGGAGGAGCGUAGCCGCCUGCUCAUCGGACUGGACCGGUAA